AUGUCUACCACAAAGGUCAAGGCUGGCGCCCUAUGGAACAAGAACAAGGAGGAUCUGCUGAAGCAGCUUGGUGAGCUGAAGACCGAGCUCGGCCAGCUGCGGAUCCAGAAGAUUGCCUCGUCGGGCACGAAGCUGAACAAGAUCCAUGAUCUCCGAAAGUCGAUCGCUCGCGUCCUGACCAUCAUCAACGCGAAGCAACGCCACCAGCUCCGCCUCUUCUACAAGAACAAGAAGUACCUCCCGCUCGACCUCAGAUCUAAGCAGACCCGUGCCAUCCGUCGCCGCCUGUCACCGGAGGAUGCCUCGAGAGUACUGGAGAAGACGAAGAAGCGCCAGACGCACUUCCCUCAACGAAAAUUCGCCGUCAAGGCCUCCGCUUAG